AGACAGUUGUAAAUGGCAACACACAUAUUCGGUGUUCCGGAAAAACGAUGCGUUUCAACGACGCUUUCAUGAUAAUUAUUCGUUUUGUUUGAUCACUGCACGCGAAAUUCGGUGAUAUUUACGGUUUUCAGUGUUAUUUUCUGUGAGUGUGGAUUAUUGCUAUUAAACGUAAACCAUGAGUCAGAAGGUGUCCCGUAAGACGGCGGUCAGUGAAGAAGUAGAAAAGAGAAACAGUCCAGUAAAAGAGAUGAAAAAGAAAAUGGCGGCGAACGCAGAGAAAGAGAAGCAAGCAGCAGAGAAGGCGACAGAAAAACAAACAGAGAAACCGGUAGAGAAACAAGCAGAGAAGGAGAAGUCUACUGACAGUAAAUCAGACAAACAUGAGAAGAAUGAUAAGCCAGAGAAGAGUGCUGACAAACAGACUAAAGAAGAACAGAAGAAACCUGAACCUCAGCCAGAGAAGACCAAGGAAGCUAGCAAAGAUGAUAAGGAUAAGAAUGGAAAGCCAGAGAAAUCGGAUGCGAAAAAGCCAGAGACGUCAAAACAGAACGGCAAACAGAACGGGCGCGAUCGCGUGCACAACGGAGUGUCUGACGUCACGCUCGGUACCAACGGCACUGAUGACGUAUUAAACGGAACGGUGAGUGCGGACUCUGAAGACGAUGACGUCAUGCUCGUCAUCGAUGACAACGACCAGGACGACUUGUUCCCGGAGCUGACGUAUGAGGAGACGUCUGACGGAGACUGUUUCGAACUGCCCACGCCCGAGAGCGGGCCCAGCAGGAGCCUGACGCGCCGAUCACAGGUGAAAUCGACGCGGACGCCCGAGACGCCGCGCCCGGCGUCAGACAAACAAACAGACAAGGAUGCCGACGAUCCAAAAGAUAAAGUAUUGAAGCUCAAAGAAGACGCGACGGUGCCCACAGAUAGGAAGCUACGGUCCUCAAACUCCCCCAAGCCUCAGGAAGGGAAGAAAGACUCCAAGAAGGAUAAACUCGAGUCCCCCACUAAGGGGGAAGGGCUACAGAAGGUGGAUGAGAAAGAGGAAGAUGCUGCGAAGGAGAAGGGGAAAGACGGUGACGUUGAGGUAGAAGUUACGCUCGAAGUGCCCGGCAAUGAGGAGGAGGAGCCUCGCAAGACGGACACCAACUUCUCCAAGUCGCGCGUCAAGGUGUCCCCCUACCGACGCAGCAUGCGCAUCGCGGACCAGACCAACACUUCGCUGCAGGCUAAUUAUACAGGAAACAACACAACAAUGGAGAUGGACAUAUCAGAGUCCUCGGUCCUGGAGGAACCUACACUGGACGACAGUUCGUACCUGCGUGGACUGCGCAGCAUCCGCGGCCGGUCCUCGUACAAGCCCCUCAAGGAGAUCACGCUCAGACAUCUCACUACCAAGCGUACCACUACCACUACUACUACACCUGUAACGUCCCCAGCCCCGUCGACAGAGUCCCACAGCCGGCCCACGGGUACGGUGGUGGGCCGCAAGCGCAAGCCCGACGUGGAGUCCUUGGAGCUGGGCGUGGAGGCCACGGAGACGGCGGAGCCCGCGCCCACCAAGCGCAUGCGCGUGCUGGACCGCCUCGCCGAGCCCUUCCGACGGGUCGCCGCCGCCGCCGCGCUGCCCGCCGUCGCCAGGAGGAACGCUGAGAUUGUGGGCAUCAACACAGACCUACCACUGACGGCCCCCGUGGCAUCGACAGAGACGUUUGACCCGGAGUCACUGAAGCCCGCACCCACCGGUCCGCCUCCGCUCGUCCCAUCCACUGAACCAGUCGCCGUCCCACUCGUACACGACGAGAAGGACAACAAGAGGUGUGUCAUCAUGUAGAGGACAGACGUUGGGAAGUAUCGCGCAAAUAUCUUCGUCACUAAACGAGCCGAAAAGAGCUCUGCCCAACUAAACAAAUGAAAUAAACGUCAAAAGUCAAUGACGUUGACAUGUGUCAAAUUUGACAGCUGUCAAAUACAUUGAACGGUUUAUUAAUCUGCCGUCACCACUCGACAUUGGCAGUAUAGUCGACAACAUUGUAUUGGAGACUUAGUUGCUGAUGUUUAGCGUGUCUAGCGGGACUGAAGAUAUUUGCACCUGUCCCGCGGUUAGCGUAGUAAAGACUGGAAGAACUAGCUCUGUCUAGACGGUCUGGUUAUCAGAUAUUAGGUAAAUGAUAUUCUCCUGGCGGACGCAAUUUUUAUAGAUACGUUUUUGAUGUAAGAGUUGAAGACAUUGUGUGAGGUUAUGGAGUGAUGGAGACCGUAAAUAUAUAAAGGAAGCUCUGACUCUGGCAGUAUAGUCAACAACUAAAUAGUAGAGAGACGUCCUUAGGCUACGGAAACUGUUCAAUCAGAUAGAUAAGCUGUUUCUAUUGACUUAAAAUUAAUAUACUAAAUGAUAAUUCAAAUAAACUCAGUGGCAUAUCAAAAUAAACUAAACAUGUUGCAUAAAUAAUUAUUCAGAAAAUGACAUCAGACUAUCACCUAUCACUUAACCCUAGAAAGAUAAUCUUAUUUUGACCUACG